GCUGGCGCCCCGCUCAAGAUCGGUGCAUGACGCAACCCCUCUGCUCCCACAGCAAGCUCCGUCGCACACGCUGCUCCCAUGGCGCGCAAAACAGGUUCUCAAGCUCCAUUCUUCGCCUCUUGCGGCGCGAGCUACCCCUGCCACUGUUCCUCCACGGCAGCUCCCACCACCAGCUUCACAGAUACGUCAUGCUGCAGACUUGCAAGUCCCACCACUACUGCUGCCAUAUAACCCAGUCAACCCAUGCCCUGCUCCUGCUCUCCUUUCAGACGUGACCCGUCAAUUGAUAUAUGCCCCAUACUCCAUCCAGCUCCUACACAUACUACUCCUUCCCCCCCACCCCCAACAGGAACUCCCCCCGUUCCCAACGUUCACGAUCCAUUUCCAGUAACGCGUCUGCUGCUUCGCAACGAACUUUACGAACUACACGAGAACCCCUUGAGGAAACAGAAGACGACACCAUGCCUUCUCCCGCCGCAGGAAAGAGUGAAACCCCCCGCACUCCUACCAAGCUCGGAAGGAAGCCCCAGUCGGGUGCCCCCAAGCUAGGCAAGAAGACAGAAGAGCAGGAGAUUCGUCCCUCGCAAUCAGAAUCCACCCUCCGCGAGACCGCAGAGGAUGCUCCCGAAAACGUCGCAGACACAAAAGACCAGGCAGAGGGCCAGGCAGAGGAAGCUGCCGACGACGCACAAGGCAAGGUCUCCCAGGCCGGUGACGACUUGGAGCAGGCCGAGCCCAAGCCAAUUGACGAUGCCGAAGAGGCAGCCGACAGCGCCAAGGGCAAGGCCACUGAUGUGAAAGACAAGGUCGCCGCCAGAGCCAAACAACUUGAAGAGGAAGCCGAGGAGACUGGUGACGACGAUGAUGACGCAACCCAAAAGGCCGGCGAAGAGGAGGCCGACACCCAGGAUGACGAGGACGACGUCACAGACACCGCCAGCAAGGCCGCGGACAGCGGCAAGUCUUCGGGCGAGGGUGCACUGAGCGGCGCUCGUGGACUCGCUGGACGAGCCCAGGGUUUGGCCGGCAAGGCUACCGAAGACCCCCAGGGCGCUGCAGAGGAUGCAGGUGAAGAUGCUCAGGACGCCGCAGGCGGCGCUGCCGAUGAUGCCCAGGACGCUGCCGGCGAUGCUGCCGAAGGCGUAGAGGACACUGCCGACCAAGCAAAGGCAUCUGUCGAAGACACGGCCGAUGAUGCGAAGGACACCGCUGAAGGCACCGCCGAUGAUGCCAAGGACACCGCCGAGGAUGCAAAGGACACUGCCCAGGACACUGCUGACCAGGCAACCCCCGACCUGAGCGUCCUCAAGGGUUUGGAAGUCGAUGAGGAAGGUCUCAUCCACGACAAGGACGGCAAGCCUCUUGGCCGCCUUGUUGAGGGUGAUGCCGAAGACCUUGCUGGCUACGCCAUUGGCGACGACGGCGAGAUCCUCGACGACGACGGUGACCUUGUCGGUCGCUGCGAGCUCCUACCCGAGGCUGCGCAAGAUCAGCUCAAGCAGGGCCAGGACGAGGUUGAUGGCAAGAAGAUGCCUCCUCUCAGCAUCCUCAAGGGCCUGACCGCAGACAAGUCUGGCCAGAUCCUCAACGACGAUGGCGACUUUGUUGGCCACGUGGUCGAGGGCGACCCAUCCGAGAUCCAAGGCCGCGAGUUCGAUGAGAACGGCGAGAUCAAGGACGACGAUGGCAACGUCAUUGCCCGCGCUGAGCUUCACCCUGAUGCUGCCGACCUCGUCGACCAAGACGAGGAAGGUGAGGAGGAUGAGGAUGAGGAGGAAGGUGAGGGCGCCGCUGAGGGCAUUGAGGGCGUUGCCGACGAAGCCAAGGACACCGCCGAGGAGGGAGCCGCCGAUGUUGAGGAUGAGCUUCCUGGCGUCGAUGCCAUCGAGGGCAUGGAAGUCAACUCCCAGGGUGACGUAGUCGACGACAACGGCGAAGUCGUCGGCCACCUCGUAGAAGGCUCCGUUACCGACGCCAAGGGCCUCACUGUCAACGAUAAGGGCGAGGUUGUCGAUGCCGAUGGCAACGUCCUCGGCAAGGUCGAGCUCGCCGAAGGCGCUGCGGACAAGCUCAAGGAAUCUGCUGCCGGCGCUCUUGACGUCCGCAUCUUGGAAGGCCUCAAGGUCAACAAGAAGGGCAAGGUCCUCGAUGCCGAGGGCGAAGAGAUUGGUGAGCUCAAGGACGGUGAAAUCUCCGAUGCCGUGGGCAAGACCAUCAACGACAAGGGCGAGGUCCUGGACAAAGACGGCAACGUUGUCGGAAAGGUCGAUGUUGUUCCCGGUGAGGCUGCCUUUGAAGCCAUGAAGGCCCUCAAGGAACGCCUUGGCUCAGACCUCGGUGAAGGUGAUGAGGCCGAGGAGGCUGAAGAAGAGCCUGAGCUCAUCGAGGUAAUCCCCGAGCUCCACGAGCUUGAGGGCUUGAAGGUCAACAAGAAGGGCCAAGUUCUCGACGAGGAGGGCGAGCCCAUUGGCGAGCUCGAGGAGGGUGACCCCAAGGAGUGCGCCGGUAAGAAGAUCAACGAUAAGGGCGAGGUUCUUGACAAAGACGGCAACGUCAUUGGAAAGGUCCGCGCUCUUCCUCAGCAGCGCGAAGCUCCCAAGACCGAGGAGGUGGAGAUCACCCCCGAACUGGACACCCUGGAGGGCCUGAAGGUCAACAAGAAGGGUCAAGUUCUCGAUGAGGAAGGUGAAGUCAUUGGUGAGCUCGUCGAGGGUGACGCCAAGGACUGCGCUGGAAAGAAGAUCAACGCCCAGGGAGAGGUGUUGGACAAGGAUGGCAACGUCAUCGGUAAAGUUAAGACUCUCCCCAAGAUGGUCGAGCAGCAGGUCGGCGAAGCCCAGGAAGCUGCUGAAGGUGCCGAGGAGGAAGCUGAGGAAGCUGCGGAGGAGGCGGAGGAGGACGACGGCAGACCACCCCUAUCUAUUCUCGACGGACUUACUGUCAAUAAGUCCGGCAAGAUCAUCGACUCCAACGGCAACAUCGUCGGUGAGCUUACUGAGGGCGACGCUAAGAAGCUCUCCAAGGCUGGCAUCACUUGCGAUGCCGAGGGCCAGUUCUGGGACAACAAGGGCAAUGUCAUUGGCCGUGCCCAGACGGUCCCCCAGGAGGAGGCAGAGGAGGAAUCUCCUUUCGCCGGUCUCGAGGGUCUCGUUGUCGUCAAGGGUGGAUUCGUUGAAGAUGAGAACGGCAACCGCGUUGGACAGGUUGUCGAAGGCGACGCCAAGAAGCUUGUGGGCCGUGCCGUCGAUGAGGAUGGUGAUAUCCUUGACAAGAAGGGCUCAGUUGUUGGACAUGCCGAGCGCUACGAGGAACCCGAGGAAGAGGUUGAGGAGGUCGAAGAGGCUGACCUCUCCUCCCUCGAAGGCUUCACUGUCAACAAGCAGGGCAACGUUAUCGGCAGCGAAGGCGUGCCGGUCGCCCGUCUCGUUGAAGGCAAUGCUAAGGAGCUCGCUGGACGCAAACUCGACGACCAAGGCCAGAUCUGGAACGAUUCUGGCAAGGUCAUUGGCCGUGUCGAACUCAUCCCUCCGCAGGAGCGUGAGGCCAAGCCAGAGGGCCCCUUCGCUGGUCUUCAGGGUCUCCGUGUCGUUCAGGACGGUAAGGUCGCUGACGAGGACGAGAACAUCGUGGGUCAGGUUGUUGAAGGUAACCCCAAGCGUCUCGUCGGCAACGCAGUCGACGAGGAUGGAGACAUCCUUGACAAGUACGGCAACGUGAAGGGCCACGCUGAGCCCCUUGAGGAGGAAGAGGAGAUCCCUGAUGACCUCUCCGUUCUCGACGGUCUUACCCUUAACAAGCAGGGCUACCUUGUUGAUCAGAACGGAACACCGAUCGGUCGCCUCGUCGAGGGCAAGCUUGACGACCUCGUCGGUCGCAAGUCCGAUGGUGAGGGUCAAAUUCACAACGACACUGGCAAGGUUGUCGGUCGUUGCGAGUUGAUUCCCGAGAACGAGCGCGUCCAGCGCAAGGAGGGUCCAUUCGCAGGCCUCGAAGGUCUCCGCGUCGUCAAGGACGGCUUUGUCGAAGACGGUGAUGGCAACCGUGUUGGCCAGAUUACCGAGGGUGACCCCAAGAAGCUUGUCGGCAACCACGUCGACGAAGACGGCGAUAUCAUCGACAAGUAUGGCAACGUCAAGGGUCACGCCGAGCCUUGGGAGGAAGAGGAAGAGCCCGAGGUCGACCUUAGCGCUCUCGCUGGCUGCACUGUCAACAAGGCCGGCAACGUUGUCGACGCUUCCGGUCAGAUCCUUGGCCGCGUUGCUGAGGGUGACCCAUCCACCAUGAUCGGCAAGAAGGUUGACGGCCAGGGUCAGAUCUGGGACAACGCUGGAAACGUCAUCGGACGUGCCGAGCUUGUCCAGGGUGUCAGCUCUGGACCCGAGGGACCUUUCGCUGGCUUUGAGGAGAACACGGUCGCCAAGGACGGGACCAUUCAGACUGCCGGUGGCGACAUUAUCGGCCGCGUCAUUGAGGGCGACAUCAAGAAGCUCGUUGGCCACAAGGUCGAUGAGGAUGGCGACAUCAACGACAAGAAUGGUAACGUCAUUGGUAAGGCCGAGCGCUGGGAGCCUGAAGAGAAGGAGCGCCGUAUCAACCCUAUGUCUGGCAUGCACGUCAACAAGGAGGGUGAGGUACGCGACCAGAACGGCGAUCUCAUCGGUCGUCUCACCGCUGGUGACCUCGGUCACUGCGCUGGUCUUGAGAUCGAUGACAACGGCUAUGUCGUUGACAACGACGGCAACAAGGUCGGCGAGGUCACUCUUCUUGAGAACAUCCAGGAGGAGGACCACGAGGAGACCGAUGAGGAGAAGCAGCGCCGCGAGGAUGCGGAGCUUGCUGAUAAGAUGGCCAACAUCUGCCAGCAGACGCUUGAGCGUGUGCAGCCUGUCAUGAAGCAGAUCACCGAGCACAUUGAGAAGGCCGACCGCACGCCGCGUGACGAGCUCGAUGAGGAGGAGCUUGUUAAUAACGUCAAGCCUCUCAUCAUGGAGGGUUCUCGCAUUCUCGAAGAGUGCAAUGGCUCUCUCCGUGCUCUCGACCCCGAUGGUCGCAUUGCUGCCCAGGCCAAGGGUCGCUCUGAGACCAAGGAAGCUACACCCGAGGAGUACCGUCUUGCCGACCUUCUCAAGGAGCUCACGACUUCCGUUGUCACCACGAUCGACAAUGCGAAGAAGAAGCUCAACGACAUGCCCCACGCCAAGAAGAAGCUCAACCCUCUCUGGGCUCUGCUCACCGAGCCUCUGUUCCAGAUCAUCGCUGCCGUUGGUCUCUUGCUCACCGGUGUCCUCAACCUGGUCGGCAGACUGCUCAACGGUCUUGGACUCGGUGGUCUCGUCAACGGUUUGCUCGGCGGCUUGGGCAUCGACAAGUUGCUCGGCGGUCUUGGCCUUGGAUCCGUCUCCGAGAUGCUCGGCGGCGGAAAGAAGGAGAAGAAGAAGGGUGGAGGCGCCAGCAACCUGCCGAUCGUCGGUGGUCUGCUCGGCAGCAAGAAAUAAACGCCUCGUUCACAUCGUGAACGUUGGUGACGGGGGAUGACGUUUCCGCUUUGCUUUAGACUGUUACUAAUACCGGGGACGCAUGGGUCGUUUGCAUAUGAUACCACGACCAGCCACCGCCUCCUUCGACGCGAUCCUAAGGAUCGGGGGGUUCGAGGGUGAGCCGAGAACGGGGAGGUGUCUGGAUGCACAGGACUGGGAUGAGAGUCUCUUCACGGGCACAAAAAUUUGUUUUUCGCGUUCGGCUUCUGCUUGAUACUGUUUUCCGCGCUCGAUAUUCUUUCACAUCUGGCCAGAUGGAAGACAGGCUCUACCGGCUCCCGAACACUUAUUUCCUAUGUCGCACACCGAGGUCUUUGAUGGCUUAGCAAAGGCGUUAUUUUGGACUUUGGGUCUGUUGUAUGAUUAGUACGAGU